AUGGACAAGGAGGGACCUCAAACAGUACAGGACAUGGAGGGGCCUCAAAUUGAGUCUGAUGUUCUGAAUGUGGAGGCAACAGCUUCCCAACCUCAACCAGAUCCGCCUCAAGGCCCUCAACGUGAUGUUGUUCAUGUUGUUGCUGAAGCCCCACCUGCAACUGAUGAGAAAGAGAAGCGCAAGGGUCCUACGUCUGGUAUGGUGUUCUCACAGUGGUGGAAACAUUAUAAUAAGUUAACAGUUGAUGGCAAACCAAAAGCAGAGUGCAAAUAUUGUAAGAAGAAGCUUGUUGGAGAGCCAUCCCAAGGAACAACUCAUUUGAAGAAUCAUUAUCACCGAUGUCCUAAAGUGAAGCGGUCUGGAGAUAUAAAACAACAACUCUUGCAAGGAAAUUUGAAUAAGGACAAAUUCCAGUUGACGCCGUUCAACUUUAGUCAAGAGAACUCUCGAAAAGAACUGGCUAAGGCGAUUAUAAGGCAUGAGUAUCCUCUCUCGAUUGUGGAGCAUGAAGGUUUUAGGAGUUACAGCAUGAGUUUGAAUCCAUGCUUUAAGAUGGUGUGCAGAAACACCAUAAAAAAGGACUGUCUUGGCAUUUACGAUGUUGAAAAACAAGCUGCAAUGGAGUUCUUGCGGAAGUAUGAAGGUCGAGUGGCAAUAACCACAGAUAUGUGGACAUCUUCUCAGAAGAAGGGUUUCAUGGCAGUGACCGCACACUACAUCGAUAAUAAUUGGACUUUGCAAAGUCGAAUCAUCAGGUACUUUUUGUAUCCAUUCACAUGUUAUAGUCUGUGA